UAUUGCGUGACGGCAAAGCCUUGUCCCCUAGUGCCGGCCGCCGGACCCCGUCGAUGGCCUGCACCAGCACGGCCGGCCGAGAUGACGACGACAAACACACAACUCCACCUGGUGCAGCGCACACGUCGCGUACUCCACUGAACCGGGUCUAUAUCAUCACCUCGCACCUGGCAAGUCCCAUCUCACCACGGUUCACUGCUAUAAUGGCUUCCGAGGACUCUGCCGCGCCCGUCGUCGUGGACGACUGCCGGGGCGUGCUGUUGGUGUACAGCGACGGGGCCGUGGUGCGCAGGGAUGGGCCGAGCUUCGCCACGCCGGUGCGGGACGACGGCACCGUGGAGUGGAAGGACGCCGAGUUCGACGCGCCCCGCGGGCUGGGACUCCGGCUCUACAGGCCGUGCCAGCGGAACCAGCUCCUACCGGUCUUCUUCUACUACCACGGCGGCGGCUUCUGCAUCGGCUCGCGCACCUGGCCCAACUGCCAGAACUACUGCCUCCGCCUCGCCGCCGAGCUCGGCGCCGUCGUGGUCGCCCCGGACUACCGCCUCGCCCCCGAGAACCGCCUCCCCGCGGCCAUCGACGACGGCGCCGCCGCCCUCCUCUGGUUUGCUUCGCAGGCCGGCCCCGCCGGUGACACAUGGCUGACCGAGGCCGCCGACUUUACUCGGGUGUUUAUCUCUGGUGACUCCGCGGGAGGCACCAUUGCCCACCACCUGGCCGUGCGUUUCGGCUCCGCGGCCGGGCGCUCUGAGCUGGGCAACGUACGCGUCAGGGGCUACGUCCAACUCAUGCCCUUCUUCGGCGGCACGGAACGGACGAGGUCCGAGGCGGAGUGCCCCGACGACGCGUUCCUCAACCGCCCGCUCAACGACCGCUACUGGCGCCUCUCGCUGCCUCCCGGCGCCACGGUCGACCACCCGGCCUCCAACCCGUUCGGGCCGGACAGCCCGGCGCUGGAGGCGGUGGAGCUGGCCCCGACGCUGGUGGUGGUCGGAGGCCGCGACAUCCUCCGUGACAGGGCCGUGGACUACGCCGCGAGGCUGCGGGCGAUGGGGAAGCCGGUGGGGGUGAGGGAGUUCGAGGGGCAGCAGCACGGCUUCUUCACCAUCGACCCAUGGUCCGCCGCGUCUGCGGAGCUCAUGCGCGCGCUCAAGCGCUUCAUCGACACCGACGGGCGCUUCGACUAGAUCCGUUCCAUCGCCUCCGACUCCUCAGUCUAUGUCUUUCUGCUGCUUUACCAAGUCUACAGAUGGCAUUGCAAUACCAAAACUCAUGAAAUUGCGGCAAAAAUGAUAAAUUUGACCUGUAGACAAAAAGAAUUCACAAAAUAAACUGUUCUUGAAAUUUUUUUA